AUGAUCGGCAUCACCAACACUAACCAUCUCCAGCGUCUUCCGCGGCUGGUUCAAGGUUCCGGUUCGAUCGGUUCGCUGGCGCAUUGUAUGGCGCAAUCGGUGCGCAAGAUAAAACAUCAUCCGCAACACACUCCGCGCCGCCAAAAGACCCUAGCCUUGCUCGGCCGCUUUGCGAACUCCCAGCAGGAGGUAAUAGUGGCCAUCGAUGAACCAGGCAAAACGCAGUACCACGAGGCUAACUUCAACACGAGCUCCUAUCAGUACGGCUACAAGGUGGGCCCGAAUGGUCAGUUCCAUCAUGAGACGCGCGGACCGGACGGAGUCACGUACGGCUGCUACGGGUACAUCGAUCCCAAUGGGCAGCUGCGCGUCACGCACUACGUGGCGGACACGCACGGCUACCGAGUGGUCGAACCUAAUCGGCCGGUCGAGAUAUUCGUCGACGCCCCGACGCAGUACAGCAACUCCAUUGUUGAGGACGAACCUCGUGAGAGGCAACGCGGACAGCUGCGACCGUGGACCGAGCUGUAUCUACCGAAGGGUUGCGGAAUGUUUCCGGGAGGGAUGCGCCCUGAAGGAACGUCAGGCACGACUCAACCUCAACCGCGUCCCACGCCAGGAAGCAAUCAACCGAACCAGGGGCAAGGUCAGUGGCAAGGUCAAGGGCAAGGUCAAGGACAAGGUCAAGGGCAAGGUCAAGGGCAAGGACAGGGACAAUGGCAAGGCCAAGGUCAAGGCCAAACACAAGGUCAAGGCCAAGCACAAGGUCAAGGCCAAGCACAAGGUCAAGGCCAAACACAAGGUCAAGGCCAAGGACAAGGUCAAAGUCAAAGCCAAAGUCAAGUUCAGAACCAAGGACAAGGCCAAGGACAAGGCCAAGGACAAGGUCAAGGCCAAGGGCAAGGGCAAGGUCAAUGGCAAGGACAGGGACAAUGGCAAGGCCAAGGUCAAGGACAAGGACAAGGGCAAGGCCAAGGCCAAGGCCAAACACAAGGUCAAGGUCAAGUGCAAGGUCAAUAUCCGGAUCAAGGGCAAGCUCAAUGGCAGGGGCAAGGACAAGGGCAACAACAAGGAACCCAUCAUGGUUCAGGACACCAGGGACAACAUCAAGGAUCUCACCAGGGACCGAUCAGUUCCGGGGAGCAUCAAUCGCAACACCAAGGCAGCCACCAGGGCAUCAAUAGUGGGCAGCACCAAGGCCAACACCAGGGUAGCCACCAGGGUCCUGUUGGCUCCGGGCAGCACCAAGGCCAACACCAGGUGAGCCACCAGGGCCCCAGCGGCUCCGGGCAGCAAGGACAAGGUCAAGCACAAGGCCAAGGCCAAGCACAAGGUCAAUAUCCGGGCCAAGGGCAAGCCCAAUGGCAGGGGCAGGGGCAAGGACAACACCAGGGACCACAUCACGGUUCAGGACACCAGGGACAGCAUCAAGGAUCACACCAGGGACCGAUCAGUUCCGGAGAACAUCAAUCGCAACACCAGGGGAGCCACCACGGCCCGAGCGGCUCCGGACAGCAAGGCCAAGUACAAGGUCAAGGCCAAGCACAAGGGCAAGGCCAAACACAAGGUCAAGGCCAAUGGCAGGGGCAAGGACAAGGGCAACAACAAGGAACCCAUCAUGGUUCAGAACACCAGGGACAACACCAAGGAUCUCACCAGGGACCGAUCAGUUCCGGGGAGCAUCAAUCGCAACACCAAGGCAGCCACCAGGGCAUCCACAGUGGGGAGCAUCAAGGCCAACACCAGGUGGGCCAACAGGGUCCCCUUGGUUCCGGGCAGCAUCAAGGACAGCACCAGGGAAGUCACCAAGGUAUCCACAGUGGACAGCACCAGGGAGAACACCAGCACCAGCACCAGGGACCGAUCAGCGGAAGCAACCAACACCAGGGUAGCCACCAGGGAAGUCACCAGGGACUGUCGCAGGGCGAGUUCCAGGCUCAGCAUCAGGGCCAACACCAGAAACCGAUCAGCGGCAACACGGAGGAGCACAACGUCCAGGUGCAAGUUUCCUGGGGACAGGGAAUGGGUCAACAAGGAGGAGCACCACAGUCCCAAGGCCAAUCGCAGUCACAGGGUCAGCAGUCGCAAGGACAAUCGCAGGGUCAGCAGUCCCAAGGCCAAACGCAGUCACAGGGACAGCAGUCGCAAGGACAAUCGCAAGGCCAAUCGCAGGGUCAGCAAUCGCAAGGCCAAUCGCAAGGUCAGCAGUCGCAAGGCCAAUCGCAGGGUCAGCGACCGCCACUCGGAGUACAAAUUGGGUUCGGAUUUAAGCCGGGCCAGGGGGGCCUGCAGGCAACGCUGGGCCUCGGAGGACCGCACGGAGGUCUCUCCGUAGGUGCGGCCGUGUCUGCGGCUGGAGUGAGUGGCCAGGCGAGCGGUUCUCACAGCGGACCCAACCAUAGCGCUUCCGGAACGAUCGGUGCCGGUGCCGGAGCCGGUGGAGUGCAGGCAGGGGCCAACGUCGACGGUAUGGCCACGAUUCUCGGAACGACGGUGGAUCACUCGCACAUUACGACCGUCACGGCCGGUGGGACCAGCGGGACGCAGAUCUCGCACGCUGGCCACAACUCGAUCGACGGCCAGCACGUGUCCGUGGCGGGCAGCACCGGUGUGCAGGUCGGCGUACAAGCAGGUUUGAUCGAUAGCUCCUUGAAUCACACCGGGCUCGUCUCGGUCGGUGGGGUCAACGUAAGUAGCGCCACGUCGGUGGGCGCAGGAAUCGAGGGCACUCUCACGUCGGGGCUGGAGGGCAGCGCACAUCUAACGCACAACGCCACCAUCUCGAUUCCGACCGGCGGUCAAGGUACGACAACGGAGCCCCCCACUGAAGGUCCGGAGCCAGCAACACCCGUUCCGGGAUCCCCGAGCACCGCGAUCGGUGUUCAUCCUCCGACGAAGCCGAUCGACACGAGCUCACCGCCUGCAUCGAAUGGUCCCGGGCCGGGACCGGAUAAUCCCAACAACGGCAACCCGAACUACCAGAUAGCCGUUUCGCAGUAUCCGUACUUCUUCGUACCGUACCCGUACCCACCGCCGAACGUACCGCAGGCGCCUUGUAACUGUCCCGACGAUCAGCGGCCUAACCAGCAGCAGCAACCGGGCCAACCGACCGGCUACCUCGGCUUCAUUCCGGUCAUCUACAUCCCCAACUGUCACACCCAGAAGAGUGGGCUUCCGGCGAAUCUCAACUGGCCGGCUCCACCGCCACCGACAGGCGUUGGACGCUCGCUGGACCAGCUGCCUGCCCAGCGGUUGUUCCAGAAGCCCGACGGUACCUGGGUGUUGCAGCGAGCCCGCGCCCGGCGGCUCCGUGCCCGGCGGCCACCACCGACAGUAGCGACCCCGUUUGACGGGCCACCGGACACCGGAACCCUUUUCGGGCGGAAGUAG